AUGAUAAAUAAUGUUGAACAGUUAUUAUGGGUAUCAUUAUUUAGUUAUGUAGAGCCAGCUAAACAUUUUUCAACUUAUUAGAUGUUUAAUUCUAUGUAUAAGUUUAAGAAGAAUUAGUGUAGUAUUUCCGUUAACUUUAUCAGUAGCUGAAUUAGGUGUGAAUGCACAAACAACUUUAUUUGUACCAUUUAAUCUUUCUCCAUUACAUGCUUUUUGUAUUACAAGCACAUUUUCACCAGGAAUAUCAUCACCACAAGCAGAAUUAUUUAUAUACUCAUCUAUAUCUUCAAAUUACAUUGAUCUACAUGAUUGGGUUUGUGUAGUUUAACCAAUAGGGUAAAGAAGAUAUAUGUACAAUCUGCUUCUCCGUACCAUCCAGGUCGUAUAACUUGGGCAAUGUUAAAGAGGAUACAUUUAGUUCCAUCGGUUUUAUUGGAACUGUAAAUUGGCUGUUAAUGGAGCUACAGUUUUUGGUAAUUGA